AUGAUCCCCUUCAUCCCCCUCGCCCUCCUCAUCCUCACCUCCUACCUCAUAUACCACCAUGUUAUACACCCCUACUUCCUCUCUCCGCUAUCUUUCAUCCCCAACGCCCACUUCACAUCCCCUUUCUCCAGCUACUGGAUCGACCGCAAGCGCAGCACAAGCACGGAAGUCCUCACCAUCUACGCCCUGCACCAAAAGCACGGCCCCAUCGUCCGUCUCGGCCCCAAGGAGCUGAGCGUCAAUUCUCUCCAUGGCCUGAAAAUAAUAUAUACCGGCGCAUUCGAGAAACACGCCUUCUACAACGAUGUGUUCGUCAACUUCAACACCGAAAACCUGGUCGGCAUGGUGCACAAUGCGCCGCACGCGCACCAGAAACGCAUGCUGAGCAAGAUCUACUCAAAGUCGUUUCUCCAGGAAUCCAGUGACCUGCGCGCGAUCUCGAAGGUUGUACUGUGGGAGCGGUUGAUGCCUAUCCUCAAGAAGGCGGGGGAGGGUGGGGAGGCGUUGAACGUGCUGCCGCUGUUCCAGGCUGUGGGAAUGGACUUUACCUCCUCUUUUCUGUUUGGACUGAGGCAAGGGACGAGGUAUUUGUUUAGUAUCCACGAGUGGAAGAUGUGGUUGGAGGAGUAUGAGCGGUUCAAGUAUUUGAGUCGGGACGACAGGUAUAUGGGGUUUAUUGAGACAUGGUGCAUGGGGUUCUGCGAGCGGAUGGAGGCGUCUAAGAAACAGGACGUCUUCAGAGAUGAGGAGAAGCUGCCAUCCACGAACCCAGUUGUCUACGACCAGCUACGCCAGAGCCUUCUCAAUCAGAAAGAACACGAUCCGCGUCCGCUGAACCUAGCAAUUGCGUCUGAACUGCUGGACCACCUGGUAGCAGGCCACGAAACGACAGGCAUCACAUUCACGUACAUGAUGUGGGAGCUGUCGCGGCAUCCGGAGCUUCAAACCGAGCUACGGAAGGAAGUACUCAACUUAUCUCCGUCCCUCCGAUACCCAGACACAGACGGAGAGAAACCCCUUCCCUCACCUUCCGCGAUCGACGCCCUUCCCCUGCUGGACGCUAUGGUCCGCGAGACCCUCCGUCUUCACUCUCCAGCCCCAGCCCAACUCCCCCGCGUCACCCCCGCCACAGAAAAAGGAACUUCCCUGCACGGGUACGACAACAUCCCGGGCGGCGUGAUGGUCAGUUCAACCGCCUACUCCCUCCACCGCAUCAGUGAGGUCUACCCGCGCCCGCUGGAAUGGCUGCCACAGCGAUGGCUCGAGCCAGGCGACAGGAUCCACGACAUGAGGCGGCUGUUCUGGCCCUUUGGGAGCGGCGGACGCAUGUGUCUAGGGAGUAAUUUCGCAGUGCAAGGUAUGCCUCCCAAGUAUGGGUUCUGGAGAAGAGACUAA